ACAACAAAGUGCACGGUUUUCAAGAUUGUGGUUGCAAAAUGGCCGGUGGAUAGUACGGAGAAAGAAUCGACACGUUUUUUCCCUGAUCUCCGGGGUUUUGACAUUGUUCGGGCGGCAUCUUCGUCAAAAACCAGAAUGGUGCUUUCAGCUGCCGAGAGGGCUAAGAAUUACCGGGAACGGAUGAAGAGGGACCCUGACCGUCGAAAUUUUUCAUAAAACUUCGUCAGCAGCAGGCAAAGCUGGUUAGAAUGAACUACCACGCCAUGAUGUACCCGAUGAACAAGCCCUUGUUCCCGUUCGAUGAAGCCCAUUCACUACGAAAGAACGUUGUAGCCAAUGUCUGCACCUUACUUGAAGAAAAUGCACAUGGGGCCAAGCCCCCGAUCCCCGGACAUCUCCUCGUUGACGACAAUCACCAUCUCAUCUUUUGUCAGAUUCGCAAAGUUGCCUCCAUUACUUGGCGUCAGGUCCUUGAUGAAGCAGCCAAUAAGAAAAGCAGUCACAAGAUUCAACGACUGAGCACGUACACAGCAACAGAGAGAAAUUACAGACUUAAACAUUAUACUAAGAUCAUGUUCGUGCGUGAACCCAUUCUCCGGGUGGUCUCCGGUUGGUUCGACAAGUUCGUCAGAACAAACGACCGAGAUCACCUAAACUAUUUGAUGCGCUAUGGAUGUAACAUCGCCCGUCUCGCAGGUCGGAACGUCAGCGACAUCGAGCUCUGCAGACACGAUCACGUCGACGAGGACGAACUCACAGGAACGGACUUGCUUUCACGGCUGAGAGAAGGUCGGAGGUUGAGGAUAUCUUUCGAGGACUUUUCGCGGUUCCUGAUCAACGGACCGGUAGCUAUCAAGAACGAUAUGCAUUGGGAGACUUACCACUCUCGCUGUCAGCCGUGUCAGGUUGAUUACGAUUACAUCGGACACUAUGAGACGAUAGUAAAUGACGCCCGGGAGAUCAUGCGCCGGGUUGGUCUUAGUAAAGAUGCUUUCCCAUUCCCUGCCAGUCGUUCCAACUCUGAGGAUAUCGCUCAUGAAGUCCUCAACGACCUGGAUCCUCUUCUCAUUAUGCGACUCUCAGAGUAUUACCACCUGGACUACCAGCUCUUUGGCUACAACCUGAGGAAACUGCAAGAAUGGCUUGAUCAGGAUCAGGAGGCGACGAUAUUCAACAAGAAUUACUGAUUUUGAUAAAACGGAGCUGACGCUGCUGGCGCAAUUUGCUGCUCCCUGAACUACACCCACACGGGAUUUACUAUAGUUAGGUCGGUAAGCGCUCUGAUAGUAAUUGAAUAUUGUUUCAGGAGAGUAACGUCACAGACCCUUAAACUGCAAAAUCCAAUUCUAUAGCGUGGUAUAAAUUGAAGUUCAUUUUAGUUUCACUCGCGAUUAUUUUUAUACCUCCGCCCACUAUCUGAGGUUGCCAGAGGUUGUUCGCAUAAAUCUUCCCUGUUUCGUUUUCACAAUAACUUGAAAAACAUUGAGCUUGGUCCAAUGUGUAUUUAUAUCGGUGACUAGCGAUGAUCUUAUAGGCUUGGGGGUGUCAAAGUUAAAGGUCACAGAAGUCAUUACAUACUUGUACAUUGAAAUAAUUCGGUUCUGUCAAUAACCGAAGAACCAUUGGAGGGGUCAUCUUUAAUCACGGUUUCUAGUAUGCAUAUUGGAAGGGACAGCGUUGGAGAACUGUUUGAAGGGUCAUUUUCAAACUUCGCUCAUGUAUGCAUAGAUGUGAGUGAGAAUGGUCCGAGCCCUGUAACAUAAAGCCUAGCGAUUGAUCGUGGGGCAGGUUUCUACGACUGAUUGCAUUGACUAGUAACGAUCAAUCGUAACAACCAGUCCCACUCGCUAAGCUUUAUGUUACAAAGCCCUGGUUAGAUUAUGUGGUCUUUUUGAUUGAUUUAUUUAUUUUUAUUCGUCAAGAACAUCACAGGUGAUUACAAUGAAAUUGAAGAAUAACUUGACAGGAUAGCCCAUGAAAGCCGAAAGGCUUAUUUCCAAUGGUCUUAUUGUUAGUAUAAAGCAUUAGUAUAUUUUAACAACAAAACGUAUAAACUACGACGAGCAGGGGCGGAUCCAGGAUUGUCCAAAAGUGGGGUAGCAAAUUUUUCGGAGGAAAAUUUUGACAAGCCCCCCCCCAAAAAAAAAAAGGUUUUCAACCACAAAUUAAGGAUGCUUCGUACCUGACAAAAUUUGACAAGCAAAAAAAAAAGUGUUUAGAUAAUAAUGUUCUUCAUCUGAUAAUAAUUUUUCACUGCAUGCAGCCGAGAAUCCAUUUGGUUUCUUACACAGUCGCUAUGUCAGAAGCUGGAAUCACUUUUUCAUUUGGGAUGGGGGGAGCUACUGAACCCCUGAUAUAGGAUACCCUUAUCCAGGAUAACGUAUGUUCUGUUUUUCUUGUAAUCUCGUUUGUUUCGUUCCCUUUCAUACAAAAAUUACAAAUAUUUGAAAGAAGAUCUUACGUCACAAAUAAUAGCCACAUCCCAUCCUGGUAGGUAUUUUUGUCAAAUUAUUUUCUUGAAACAAGUCUCUACCCCGCCCCUGCCUUUAACUUCAUAUACAAUUAAUCAUGUUAUUUAAAAAAAGUUAUCAUAAACAUGACCCUUUCUUUAUUGAUUCAUGCAUAUGAGAACACAGCCCCAUUUCGCCAUGCGCGGGUGUAUAUUUCAGAUCCUCACUUAAAACUUGUCUUUUUUUAACACUAGCAUUUUUAUUUUAAUUUCAUAAUCAAUGGAAUCAUUGUUUACAUUAGUCAGCCCACCUUUUCCCUUUAAAACAACCGUAUAAAGCGCCCUACACAUGUUAUUAUUUUAUUAUUGUCAUAUUAUUAUUAUUAUUAUUAUUAUUAUCAUUGUUAUGAUGUAAAAUUUCUGGAUAAGUUGCCAGCCCACCGAAACAAAAGGAAAGUUUGUAUAAAUGCUUUAGGACUAUGACUGAAAAUUAUUGAUAUCCGUUUUAAUGCAUAGGCACGGCCAAAAUGUGUUCGUCAUAGUUUCAAUUCCUUGUAAAUAAAAAACCUGAAAGUCACUUGCAACUGAUACCAGAUAACAGAAACCCUUUCUUUGGUUCUGACGUUUAAUGAUAACGACUUCCUGAUUCUUGGUACUUAUUUCUAUAUUUAUCUGAAAACUUAGUUCAAAUUAGGAUAUAACUGUUAGCAUACAUGUGCAAAAUGUUAAGUCUAGAUGAUAUUCAGUCAAAUUGUGUAUAGUGACCAUCGAAAGAAAACAAAAGUGGCCAUUUUAGACAGGUGGUUACUACAGACGGGUUAGCGGCCAUCUUCGAUUUACCUUGUAUUGGAGAUACUUUGCAAUGUACUGAAAAUACAUGUACAGUAUGUGUUUUAAUGAGUUAAUUUUUAUAUAUUGCAUGUAUUGCUAUCCACCAGAUACUUAUGUUGAUUGUUUAAUUGUUAUUUUAAGAGUAAGAUUUAUGUUAAGAUGCAGCUGCAAGUGCAAGGAUUACUGUCGGAGUCAUAAAUUUUGGUGCAGCUGAUUUUCAGUGGCCACUAUAGAAGGUGGGAUAUUGACCAAGGGGCGCAAAAUAAGUGGCCAUUGGCCGCGUUAGACAGUGGCUAACUACAGUGCGUAUCCAAAAAAGUUUACACUUUGAAAAAGUCCUGGAAACUGAAAUUAAUACAACAUGGGGAUAAAUUUUCACAGGUAUUCUUGGGUUUGGUUCUCAUCUCUCAAAUGAAAAUAAAGAUUUGGACAGAAUGUAAAGCUCGCAGAAAUCGGCUUGUGCAGAUUGAAACACCGACAAAGUACCGUCUUAUUAACCCUUUUUAGGAUAUUCGAUGGGCGUUCGAA